AUGGUCUCGCUGUGGGGAUCAAAAAACGACGACGAGCAGGCCGACGAUGGCUCGACUACACCCAGAGGUUCGACUGAAGAUAGCAGACGGCCUCCUUCAAGACGCUCCUACGAGCGAAGAGAGCGUGAAGCAGAUGAGAGAACCAGACUCUUGCCUGCUCAACCCCGUCCUCCUCACUCAGAUGGUUAUCUCGACCCCGAUGACCCAGCUGUCUCACCUUACAACCUAUGGACCGUCCGCUUUUUGAGAUACCUCACCGUUCUGUUCUUCCUCAUCAACUUCAUCUGGUGGGUUCUGCUCUUCGUGAGCAUCUUUGUCUCUCCUCCCGGUCUGCACACCAGAGGUUCUGGCUUCUUCGACUUUUCCUACACCACCCUGACUGCCGGUAACCUUCUGGUCGCCAUCCUCUUCUUCGCCGCACCAUCCAAGGCCAUGCGUAUCACCAUGGGCAUCAUCACCGGUAUCUUGGCCAUUGAUCUGAUCAUGAUCCUUGCCCUUCCUCGCCUGAGAGUUGAGGAGGGCUGGCCAGGUAUCGCCUCGAUCGCAUGGGCUACACUCAUUGGCCUUUGGUGUGUCAUUACCGACAGAGUUGUGGCCUGGGGCAAGCGCGAGGAAGAGGAGCGUCUUACUGGUCGUGCCGAGACACGCAGAACACUGCGCGAGUGGCUGGCUGUUUCUCUGGCUACCUUGAUCCUCAUCGUCUACGCUGUCAUUGCUGUCCUCAUGACCGCAACCCUCGUCUUGCGUGCUCGCGAUGCCACAUUGGAAAUGGACGGUGAGCGCUACUACGUUGACGGCGACAAGUACCAGGUCCACCUUGCCUGCUUGGGCAAUGUCACCUACAACGCUGCUGGCGAUGCCAACCCCACUCUCUUGCUUGAAGCUGGCGAGGUUCCUUCUGAGUACGACUUCGAGCAUUGGGCUUAUGCAGCCUACCAAAACGGCACCAUUGACCGCUACUGCUACUGGGAUCGUCCUGGCUACGCUUGGUCUGACAGCGCUCCCAGCCCCCACAGCGCCGGUAUGUCCGCUGACGCUUUGUCGGAGGCUUUGGCUGUUGCCGGUGAGGAGGGUCCCUUCAUCUUGGUUUCUGCUGGCUACGGUUCCAUCGUUUCGCGUAUCUUCUCUGCUCGUCACGUUCGCAACAUUGCCGGUAUCAUGAUGAUCGACCCUCUUCACGAGGACCUCCUCCACCGCAUCGGUGGUGCCUACAGAGGUUUCGUUCUUUGGGGCUGGGGUAUCAUCUCACCCCUCGGUCUCCAGCGUAACUUCGGUGCCAUCUUCAACGGUCGCACUCGCGAGGACCGUGUCUAUGGCCGUUCUGCUUACCAGGGUGGCAAGUUCAUCAAGGCCCAGCUCCAGGAGAACCUCAUCGCCGAGUCCUUGACCAAGAACGAGGUCGCCAGCGCCCGCACCAUUCAGACUCCCGACGUCCCUCUCGUCAUCAUCAGCAGUGGCAUCAGCAACCGCCGUGACAGCGAGUGGGAGCGCAAGCAACGCGACCUUACCAAGCUCACCGAGAACCUCAUCAGCUGGGAUGUCGUCAACAAAGCACCCCACGAGGUCUGGAGAACCCUUGACGGCAGAAAUGUCAUGGACAAGAGACUGAAGGACAUCGUAAAGCAGAACUACAAGGCUUACUCUAUCAACUCUGAAGAGUAA